AUGGGAUGUAGCAUGUCUCCUGGCCUUCCCGGGACAAGAGGCAUCAACGUCGUCAUUGCAAGCUACGGACGCUUAAUUUAUCCACCAGGAGCCACACACGUGCACGUGCCACGCGCCGUGGCGGCUCUGCUCCGCCAACAGCACCGCCGCUCGCACACCCCGGUGGAGACCCUCGGCACUAUGAUCCAGAAGCAGCCGCAUUACAGUACAAUGACGGAUAUGGAAGCGUACGGCGUGCGCGCAGAGGCAGUGCUUCUGCGAGCAUGCCUGUGCAUCCUGGAUGGCAAGGACCUGGCCAGCUUGCUGCGGGUGACACUCAAGGUCAACCCCGCCCGCCGCAACACUUACAACAGUCCUCACACGGAUCUCAGGGAUCCACAUCUUACGACACUCAAGGGACCCCGAGAAAGAAAUGCCGCCACCGCUGCAACCGGCGGGGCGGCCAUGGGGCCAUCGCCCGCGAACAAA